AUGAAUGCAGAACAAAAUUCCGCCAGCGUGUGUCUAUUCAUGUUGGAGUUUGGACCAGGAAGAAGCGAUGCGGAUUCCUUCACAAAGUGCAUUCAGGACGCUGCAAGGGAAACGCUCCCGGUUCUAUUGCCGCAGCAGAAGUUUGCCUUUGCAUCUGCGGAAACAAAAUCCACAUACAAUUCUGUAUGUGUCGCGCGCAGCGCUGGUGACUUCAACCAGGAAAAGCGUCUUAGAAGGAAGCUGCGUCGUCAACGGCAACAAAACCGCGAUAAUGAGUGGACGUCAAGAGCGAUGGAGUUUGAAAAGGCGUGGGAGGACAGGAACCCGCCGAAAGCCUAUGCUCUACUAAAACAGUAUAGCGGCAAAAUGAAAAGAUGUUCUCCUGUCCUCAACACUGCCAGUGGAGUAGCUGUCGGUGAAGCAACCCUUCCAAUUUGGAACACUUCAAGACCUUGCUGA